GCAUGGAUCAUUUCCUGUACGCUUCCUGUUUGACUCUAAAGUUAAGUGUAACGUUGACGAGAAAGAAGGAUGAAUUGUCUCAAUUCUUGAAUUCAUUGAAAAUAUUUAAACAGCUAUGAAGGAAGGUCCCACACAGUUGCUACUGUUUACCAGAUGUAAAUAAAAUUAAGGAUGUCGUGGGACAAAACAUUCUAUGAUUAAAGGGAUUUAAGAAUGUCCGAGGAGAACCCAACCACCAGUUUAAGACAACUGCCCCCAGGUCAGCUGGAGAACAUACGCAAGCGCUUCGAAUCAGUGGGAGAGAGUCCUCAAGGUUCAGAAAAUGAUGUUAAACUGCGACCAAAGUCUCAGGUACAGUAUAGUCCCGUUCAUCAAAGGCCCACAACUGCAGUGCUAGACUCACCUGUUCGGACAAUGAUGAACAAGGAAAAACUACGCCCCAAAAGUACAGCAGUGUUACCCAGUUCUUCACCUAGAGUGGCCAAAGUAUUGAACAAAUUUGAGGCAGUAGGGAAUGAAGAAAAUUUGAAUGUCACUCCAAAACCCAAGGCAAGAGAAAUAAGCCCACAUAAAUUAACUAUGAAACCAACAAUAUCAAAGAAACCAAGUUUUAAAGUAGAUGAUCAAGAAAAACCUCCCAUUUCAAAGAAGCCAAGCUUUUCAGCAUCAGAUGAAAAGAAAAGGCCUGUUGUGAGUAGCAUCGGAGAUGUGAAUGAUAAACCUAGUAGACCUGUAAGUGUUGUACAGAAAAGAACACAGAUGUUUGAAUCAGUGGAAAAUGCAGGGGAACCCGGUACUCCAUCAAAUGUGAAAAGUGUCCCACCCCCACGACCAGCUCCACCGGUCAAACCAAGCUCCCGUCCCCCCAGUGUAAGCGUUGAUGAUCCAGAAGUUCCUGUUUAUGCUGAGGUUAUUAAAAAGAAGAAAAAUUCUGAUUCCACUGAAGAGGGAGAAGGGAGAAGGCAGUAUUGUGAUGCAUGGGAUACCAGACCAGUGAGCAAAUUGAUAGGCUCCCCUGCUAGACAGCCCACUGCCCCACCCCCACCAAAGAAACCCCCAAGAACUGGGGCACAUGAUGAAUACCUGCAAAUGAAAAAACAAGGAGCUGGCUUUCAUCUUUAUGAUGACGUCCCUGAUGAACCAGUCUAUAGAAAAAUUGUGAAGCCUUCAGUUACAGAUUCUAAUAACAAACCUGACAUUAGGGUGCCCCGCCCCAGUAGACCUCCUCCCCCCAGGGCACGCCCAGUGACAGUAGCAGGACUAGAAAAAGAAUCGUCAGAGAUAGAAAGUAGUUUACCCCAUAAACCUCUGUCCUCACCUAGUCUUAAAGUGUAUGAAGAAGUGAAUGGGGGUGAUUUCAGUAUUAGUAACAUUAAACAUUGGGAUCUACCCUUGCCAGUUCCCCCCGCAGUUACAUCUAUCCCAAGUCAUGGUUCAACCAAUCUAAAGCGCAGUCUAAGUAUGGACAGUUUGAUGGGUAACCCAGUAUAUUGUGAUCCUGCACUGACUGUGAAAUCUCGAGAUGACAGUGAGAUAUACAUGGAUAGUGAGGGGUAUGCCAUGCCCACUGGAACCCCCACACACCGGGGGCUAGGCAACUCAGCUUCUCUGGACACUGAUGUAUCGCCAGCAGGGAUUUGUCGUCCACUAAGCCAUGCAGUCAUGAAGCAGCUAAAGAAACUGAAACCAGCCAUGAAACCCAAGCGAGCAUCAGCGAGGGAAAACUGGAAAAAACUGCAAAAUGUGAAGAUGAAGAUCAACAUUGCUUUCGCCGUUGUCCGGCAGAUGAAGGGAGAACACAGAACGGAAUCUACAAGUGAUAGCUCUGAUGUCGACAGCCUUGUUGAUGAAAGUGAAAUCAAGAAGAGAAUUUCCCACUGUGGGACAGUUCGGAAAAAUACGAGUAAGAGUAUACGUAAGGCACGAGAAAUCCAGAACCAGACGUACAAUCAGAUGUUUGAUUUCUGCCUUAUUGUUGGACUAGAACCCAUCAACGACUCCCAAACAAGUUACAAACCUAAGAUCAUCUACAAGUUCCCAGAUCUGGGAAAGUUACAGAUUGACAGUAAUGGCCGACUGUCAGUCUGUAGACCUAGGGUGGAGAGUAACGCCACAAUCCCAGAAUUCUGUUUCCCUGACGCCGAGGAGUUUGAUGCCAAGUCUGCGUCUGCUGCUGCUCCAAGUGAGUCCUAUUCGUUCGUCUUGACAAAUGUAGAAGGAGAAAGAGUCUAUGGUUACUGUAGAAGAAUGGUGCCCUUCAGCAGUAAGAGUGGUUUACCUGAGGUUAUCUGUAUUGUUAGCCCGGUGAAUGCCUUCAGUAUGUAUAAUGAGUUGUUGGAUGCUGCUGAGAAUUGCCGACAUAAGUCGUUAGAUCUGGCGAGGGAAUUACUGUCUGCGGCGUUUGGCAGACCUCUACCAGAGCCAGGGAAACUAGUGCAAGUCCGGACACUGGAUGAGAAUUGGGAUACUGGCACUAUCUUGUUAUCCAGACCUGAGGACUUCAGAGUAGAUAAUGUGAAUCGAGAGUACCUGUUAUCUAAGCUGGGAGUAGACAAGCUUCUAAAACUGUUCUCUUGUAUGUUGCUGGAGAGAAGUGUUCUGUUUUGUGCCAAAAAUCUCAGUAUCUUGUCUCAGACAAUCCAUGCCUUGGUGGCUCUGCUGUACCCCUUCAGGUGGCAGCACACGUACAUUCCCGUACUACCGGAGUCCAUGUUAGAUGUCACGUGUUCACCCACCCCCUACAUCAUCGGCAUCCUGUCUUCCCACCUUCCUUAUGUACUUAAACUUCCCAUUAGUGAGAUUGUAAUAUUUGACCUGAACAAGAAACAGAUGCUAAAAUCUCAGGGAGAUGAGGGAACAAUCUUACCUAAAGACAUCCACAAAGCUCUGAAAACAGCCCUCAAUAUGUGUAAAGUAGACGCAGACGUAAAGAUGGCGUCCAAUCUCAUGAUGUCGGAGGCCUUUCUACGGAUGUUCGUGGAGGCAGUUGGCCAUUAUGCAGAGCACAUCAUCACACAACAAGACGGGAAAAAAGUCUUUCAGAAGGAUCACUUUAUCCAGGACUCCCCCACGGAGAGUAUGGCUCAGUUCCUGCAGUGGUUCUGUGAGACCCAGAUGUUUGAAGUCUUCAUCACAGAGCAGACAGAGAGAAACAAAUCAGCCAAACAGAAAUCCAAAACUAUAGAACUGUUUAAUCAAAGAAUAGUUGAAGCAAGAGCAGAAAAUUUGGAUAAAAAGGCCAAGAAAAAUAAAGGACUACUGAAAAUGCUGAUGACAUGAGAUGUCCACAGGGUGUGUCAAAAAUUGUGAUAAAAAAUUACAGGGUUAGUCAAAAGUUGACAGCUAAUGAAAUGGCAUUAGCAGUGUGAUAGUUUUUUCAAGUGUAUACAUUCCUAGAAUGUGAUAUGUACAUGUAUGUAGUAAUAUAAUUACAUAAUAAUAAUAAUCCAAAGUCCACAUGGAGGGAAUAUUCUAUGAAAAUGAUUGUUUUGGCAUGCUUUUGUAACUAGAUUAUCCUUGUUGGAAUAAUAUAUGUUCAGAAAAAUCAGCUUUAUGUCUCCCCCUAUAAGUAUCUGUAAAUGGCCAAUGUUUAUCAUUUAUCUUGACAGUUUGUUUAUCUGUUUGUUAGGGUUGUGUUGAUCUAAAUUUUAUACCUUGUCAAACUUACAAAGUUCCAUUUCCAGAUCCAUAAUUUUAUUAUUUCACCAUGUUUUUUCUUCUAUUUGUCCUAUUUUGAUUCUUGUAACACAUGUAUACUU